CGGCAGCAAUGGCGGAUGUUAUGAAUGUCGGCGUGAAUCUGGAAGCUUUCUCGCAGGCGAUUAACGCCAUCCAGGCUCUUCGAUCGAGCGUCACCAGGGUGUUUGAUUCUCUUAAGGAUGGGAUGAAGAAUAAGGAAACCCUUGAGGGGCGGGAAAAAGUCUUUAUGAGUGAUUUUCAAGAUAAUUUGCAGUCAGUCAAUCGCGAUUUAAAUGAACUGGAGCGUCUCAGCACUUUGGUCGGUAGGCCGUCAGAAAGCCAUCCCUUACACAACAGCGGGCUGCUCAGUCUAGACCCAGUACAGGACAAAACCCCUCUGUACAGCCAACUGCUCCAGGCAUACAAAUGGUCCAAUAAACUACAAUACCAUGCUGGCCUGGCCUCCAGUCUUCUAAACCAACAGUCACUCAAACGAUCAGCCAAUCAGAUGGGGACAUCUGCCAAGAGAAGACCCAAAGUCCAGCCCAGCACUCUUGUCCUCCCCACACAAUAUGUGGAUGAUGUCAUAUCCAGAAUCGGACGAAUGUUUCCUGAUAUGUCAAUCGAGCUCUUCCGGCCCAACGGGACGUCAGCAGUUCUCAUGGUCACAUUGGGAAAAGUUUUGAAAGCCAUUGUAGUGAUGCGGAGCCUAUUCAUUGACCGCACGAUUGUCCGCGGAUUCCAUGAGAACUUGUACAUGGAAGACGGAAAGCUGGACAUCUGGUCUAAGUCCAACUAUCAAGUAUUUCAGAAGGUCACUGAUCAUGCAACCACGGCUCUCCUGCAUUACCAGCUCCCGCAGAUGCCUGAUGUUGUGGUUCGUUCUUUCAUGACCUGGUUGAGAAGCUACAUUAAGCUUUUUCAGACUCCGUGUCAACGCUGUGGCAAGUACCUGCAGGACGGUCUUCCUCCAACAUGGAGGGACUUCCGAACUCUGGAGGCAUUCCAUGACACCUGCAGGCAGUGACCCGGACCUCACAGUGUUCCAUAGCUUGCCUUGGAAAACUAGACUGUCCCAUCUUUUCUCACACACACUUUUCUCCAGCUGGAUAUUGUACUUUUAUAAAAAAAAACUGAAUAAAGAUAUUUUCAUAAUCGUGCAAUCUAGCACAAGAACUUCAA